CGAAAACUGUUUCCUAUGUGAUGUGAUUAACUGUUUUUUUAUCUACAAACUCUGUUAUUCGUAACCUUACAGUAUGGUUUAUUGCAAAACCUUGUCUUUUGAAGUCGAUGUAAUGGGACUGAAAACAUUGUUCUCUUUUACUAUUAGAAUUGUAUGAACAACCAAAUUAAAGACUAGUUUUGAGCGAUGAAGCUAUAAGGUUUUUGUCGGUAGCGUUAUAAUUAAAAUAAAAAUAUAAAUGGUUGUUAUAUCAGAAAGGCAGUUGAAAACUUCGGUACUUGUCAAAAUCAGUGGCUCCUUUUCUCUUCAUAUCGUUAAACAAAGUAACAAACCAUUAAGACGAUUAGGUAAAAAAGGAACAAGAGGAAAGAUAUCAACAAAAACAUAACUCUCGUGUUGACUUUGUUAUGUUCUGCUUUUUUAUAGUCUUAAAAAGAACUUUAUAAAGGUUCAAUCUUUUUUUUAUUGACCCUUUGUGAGAAAGAGACUUUAAGAUUUUGCAUUGUCCUGUUAUUGUCCCGUUACAUUAAAAAUUCAGAGAUUUGCAGUAUGGUUUACUUGUUUUUUGAUGGUCAUGUUAUACAGGGUUUAUAGUUGAAAGCUCGACCAGCCUAAGAACAUCUUCCGUGGUGAAGAUUUAGAGACGAUGAGUGUUCACUGUUAAUGGACCACCGUUCACCAACAAGCAGUGACAAGAAAACAUUGAAGAAGUGUUUUUUUUUUCAUUGACAAAACAGUUGGAUAAAACACACAAGAACAAGUGCUUUAGAAUAAGAUCUCUUAUUUGAAAACAUUUUGGGUUCUUGGAGUAGGAUGGAUACUGACCCUGAAUCACCAACCAACAAACCAAGACUCGGUUCAUCUUUCCCUUCAGGAAGAUUCAUGAUGAAGACAAGGAAGAAGAUCCCUAAGCUCGACGAUGUCAGAUCCAACGGGUGGUUGGAAGCAAUGAUCUCCUCUUCCCCACCACGUAAAAGGCUAGUCAAGGAUUUCAACGUCGAGGUUGCUCCUGAAGAUGACUUUGCUCAACGGGCUUGGAUGCUCAAGUAUCCAUCAGCUAUUACCUCCUUUGGUCACAUUGCAGCUCAAGCAAAGGACAAGAAGAUAGCUAUGUUCCUUGAUUACGAUGGAACUCUUUCCCCAAUAGUGGAUGACCCUGACCGUGCCAUCAUGUCUGACGCUAUGCGUGCUGCUGUUAAAGACGUCGCCAAGUACUUCCCAACAGCAAUAAUUAGUGGUAGAAGCCGUGACAAGGUUUACGAAUUGGUAGGACUAACCGAACUCUAUUACGCCGGUAGUCAUGGGAUGGACAUAAUGACUCCUGCUAAUGUUAAUGGCUCCCCUGAAGACACCAACUCUGACCAACAGGGUGAAGAGGUAAACCUCUUUCAGCCAGCAAAAGAGUUCAUACCAGUCAUCGAAGAGGUUUAUAGAUCACUCGUGGAGCUAACUAAAGGCAUCAAAGGUGCAAAAGUGGAGAACCACAAGUUCUGCGCCUCAGUGCAUUACCGUAACGUUGACGAGAAUGACUGGCCACUCGUUGCUCAACGUGUUCAUGACCACUUGAAACAAUACCCUCGUCUGCGUCUAACUCACGGCAGAAAGGUUUUAGAGGUUCGUCCUGUGAUCGAAUGGAACAAAGGAAAAGCAGUUGAGUUUCUGCUGGAAUCUCUCGGAUUAAGCAACAACGAUGAUUUUCUCCCAAUCUUCAUAGGAGAUGACAAGACUGAUGAGGAUGCAUUCAAGGUACUAAGGGAGAAGAAGCAAGGAUUUGGUAUCUUGGUAUCCUCUGUACCAAAAGAAAGCAAUGCGUUCUACUCUCUUAGAGACCCCUCAGAGGUGAAGAAGUUUCUCAAGACUUUGGUGAAAUGGAGAAAGAUGGAAGACUCUACAAGUCAUUGAUGAUUGUGUAGGAGUAUAAUCAGAAGAAGCUUCAUUCAACUCUUGCUUUCUAUUUUUUUUUUUUCACAUUUUAGUUUUUCUAUAUCUUUAAUAGUCUCUGCUAUUGUAUCUUUGAAUUGAUCAUUUUUUUCCAUAUUAUCCAUGAAUUAAGCUGUAUUAAAAAUCACACUCGUUUCAUAAUUUAUUUAAACGCUGAGCGAGCAC